AUGUCCUCGCGUGCACGUGGUUUUCCCCGCGCAGUGCUGCUCUCCCUCGCCUGCAGCGCCAUCGCGGGUCGCAUUCUCCUCACUGGGUUGAACACUCGCUACCGAGCGACGUCGAAGCCUUUCUCAGCGAGCGGUUUGACUGGCUCGUGUAUCCUCGAUGCUAACGUCACCACUUACCAAACCUUCUCCUUCUUCUUCCGCGUUAUGGGCGUACCGUACACGUCGGAGCCGACUUUCGACACGCCUGGUUACUACGACACCAUGACCGACGCCCUCGUGGUCGAGUUUCCCAACUGCACGUUCUACAGAGAGCCAACAUUGGACAAUUGGAACUGCACCGUCGUAGACAAGCCCAUCAAACUCCCUACGCCGUACCAGCCUGUCAACACCCUCAGGAAGCUAGUGGACGCUGGGCUGUUCACGUAUCCCGGGGACUUCUAUGUUGGGGUUAAUGUGAACGGCGAACCGGUUGUGGGAGCAAUUGGAGCCACUAUGAUGAAGUUUUGA